AUGGACGCCCACCGCGGCGCUCCCCCGGCCGGCCAGCAGGUGGUGCAUGUGCGCGGGGACUCCCACGAGCUGGAGGCCCUCUUCAGCGCCGUCAUGAACCCCAGCAAGGCCGCCCAGCAGCCCGCCUCCCUGCCCAAGAUGCGGAAGCUGCCGGACUCCUUCUUCCGCCAGCCGGACCCCCGGACGCACUCCAGACAAGCCAGCUCGGACGGAGGAGCGUGCGCCUCCCUGACGCCUCACCACGUCCGCGCCCAUUCCUCGCCGGCCUCGCUGCCCGUCAACAUGCCCGACGCGGCGGUGGUGGCGGCGGCGGCCCCGCCCAUCAUACCCGACGACAUGCCCCUCCCCCACGGCUGGGAGAUGGCCAAGACGCCGACUGGCCAGCGCUACUUCCUCAACCACCUGGACAAGACCACCACCUGGCACGACCCCCGGCCGGCUCAGCUGCAGUCGGCCGCCCCGCCGCACCCGGGCCCCGCCCCCGUCCACGCCCACUCCCUUAGCCACCCGGCGACUGCCUCCACGCCGCAGAGCAUCAAUCUGGACGCAGCCCAGAAGAUGAACCAGAGCCUCCUCAGCCUGGCCUUGCAGCAACGUCAGGACAAGGAGCGACUCCAACGAUGCAAGCAACAGAUGCAACCUUCGCAGGACACGGGCGGAAGGAACCAGAUGGUGGGAGGUAUUGAUCAUGACAGAAAUUCCCUUGUCCCGUCCGUGGAUGUGAGGAUCCGAGCGCCGCAACACGAACCCACGCUCAACGGCGCUCACUCUCGCAACGAGAGCACCGACAGCGGCCUGAGUGUCAGCAGCCUGACGCGCACCGCCGACCGCAUGCUGAGCUCCGUGGACCACAUGGACACUGGUGAACCUGGCGAGCCAUCCUCCCUGACCUUACAGGACACGUUGCCCGCCAUGACCCAGGGCGAGGAACUGAUGCCUUGCAUCCCCGAGGGUCUUAGUUCAGACCUCCUGAUGGACAUGGAGACGGUCCUGUCCGGGUCUCACAUGGACAGGGACAGCCUGCUCACCUGGCUAUAGACCCCACCCGCGCACAGACCCGCCUGCCCGGCUCGUCUUAGAGAACCCUUGUCAGGACUUCUAUGGAUUUUGAGACGCUAGACCCGGGAGACUCACCUGAAAUAACCCUGCCGCAGGUGGUAAGCUGCUAGAAUUCUCCUUUUUUUUUUUUCUUCCUGGGAGCUCCUUUUUGAAGCGUUUUCAGGACGUUCUUGUAAUCGUCACCCAGCAGGUGGCGCUGCUUCACUUUAAUGCACAUUUUCAUGUUAACUUAGAAACGCGAGCUACGUUCCACGUUUAAGGACAAAUUGAAGGUGGUCACAUGUUACCUAAAAACAGUAUUAUUACUGGAGUAUUACAAAGGUCAAAAACAAGUCCAGUGCCCAAAAAAAGCUAGCGUGUUUUCCCAAAUGUGCUCAAAUUGAAGUGAAGGUAAAAAAAAAAAGCUUUAUUUUCUAUUGAUUGUAUGCAUUAUACCAAGAAAAAUAUGUUAAUUAUUGGGGAUUGCGGUGGUGUGGAAGUGUACUGCAUCGUACUUUUGACUGUUUUCAAGAGGGGUGCACGGAAAAAAUCAGUUCGCAUCUGAAUCGCGAUUCUUAUUCAACCCGGUUCUAAAUGGAUUCAUAACUUUUUAUCAUUUUAAUUAUUUUUUUAAUAAAAAUCCAUUUUUAGGCCAUUUUCAAGCAACCAGAAUGAGCUUUUCUAUUAUUACACUCAGUAAAACAUUGCGAGAAUCGGUUCUAAUCGAGAAUCAAAAUCUGAAUGGAAUCAGAACCGGGUGGAAUGGUUAGGCGGCCAAAGAGUCACACCAAUACUUUCACUCUUGUCCGAAUGUUAGACACACUUGGACACGACUUCAAGGUCAAAUAAUACUUAUAUUUGUGAAGAAUUUGAUGGAAGUUGUGUUGUUUUGAUUGCAUUUUCUUAUUGUGCUUUUAUCGGUAACACAAGAACCCGAGACAAUGUUUUAUAUUCUUGCCGUGUUACAAAAAUCUAAUAUUACCGGGAUUUUUUUUUAAGCUUUUGAUUGGAAUUGAUUGACACUUAUGCAAUUUGUUUUGUACAACUGCCGCAAUGCACUGAGUUGUGUAACGUUAGCAAACCGCAACUUGUUCUUCCUCCGGCUAUUAAGUUGACUUUUAGCUCGAUGGUCAGCACGCUCGCCUCUCGUGCCGGCGACCUGGGUUAAGAGCAGUAAGAGAAAAAAGGCAAUACAACCGAGAGAGAGAGUACACAGUCGCUGCAGUGGUGCCGUGACCCAGAUUGACUUCAAGUUUAAAGCCUGGGCUUUUAGCUCGUUAGUCAGCGCGCUCGCCUCUAGUGCCGGCGACCUGGGUUAAGAGCAGUAAGAAAAAAAACACAACACAGCCGAGAGAGAGGGGGAGUACACACGGACUGCAGUGGUGCCGUGACCCGGAUUGACUUCAAGUUUAAAGCCUGGGCUUUUAGCUCGUUAGUCAGCUUGCUCGCCUCUCAUGCCAGUGACCUGGGUUCAGAGCGGUAAGAAAAAAAACACAACACAGCCAAGAGAGAGAGGGUGAGUACACACGGACUGCAGUGGUACCGUGACCCGGAUUGACUUCAAGAGCAAGGCUGGCUAUUGAGUUUAAAGCCUGGGCUUUUAGCUCGUUAGUCAGCAUGCUCGCCUCUUCAGAGCAGUAGGAAAGAAACACGACACAGCCGAGAGAGAGGGGGAGUACACACGGGCUGCAGUGGUGCCGUGACCCGGAUUGACUUCAAGUUUAAAGCCCUGGCUUUUAGCUCGUUAGUCAGCAUGCUCGCCUCUAGUGCCGGCGACCUGGGUUAAGAGCAGUAAGAAAAAAAUGCGACACAGCCGGGAGAGAGGGGGAGUACACGCGGACUGCAGUGGUGCCGUGACCCGGAUUGACUUCAAGUUUAUAGCCCGGGCUUUUAGCUCGUUAGUCAGUAUGCUCGUCUCUUGUGCCGGCGACCUGGGUUCAGAGUGGUAAGAAAAAUAACACAACACAGCCGAGAGAGAGGGGAAGUACACACGGACUGCAGUGGUGCUGUGACCCGGAUUGACUUCAAGUUUAAAGCCUGGGCUUUUAGCUCGUUAGUCAGCUUGCUCGCCUCUCAUGCCAGUGACCUGGGUUCAGAGUGGUAAGAAAAAAACACAACACAGCCAAGAGAGAGAGGGGGAGUACACACGGACUGCAGUGGUACCGUGACCCGGAUUGACUUCAAGAGCAAGGCUGGCUAUUGAGUUUAUAGCCCGGGCUUUUAGCUCGUUAGUCAGCACGCUCGCCUCUCGUGCCAGCGACCUGGGUUCAGAGCAGUAGGAAAGAAACACGACACAGCCGAGAGAGAGGGGAGUACACACGGGCUGCAGUGGUGCCGUGACCCGGAUUGACUUCAAGUUUACAGCCCGGGCUUUUAGCUCGUUAGUCAGCUUGCUCGCCUCCAGUGCCGGCAACCUGGGUUAAGAGCAGUAAGAAAAAAACACAACACAGCCAAGAGAGAGAGGGGGAGUACACACGGACUGCAGUGGUACCGUGACCCGGAUUGACUUCAAGAGCAAGGCUGGCUAUUGAGUUUAAAGCCCGGGCUUUUAGCUCGUUAGUCAGCACGCUCGCCUCUCGUGCCAGCGACCUGGGUUCAGAGCAGUAGGAAAGAAACACGACACAGCCGAGAGAGAGGGGAGUACACACGGGCUGCAGUGGUGCCGUGACCCGGAUUGACUUCAAGCUUACAGCCCGGGCUUUUAGCUCGUUAGUCAGCUUGCUCGCCUCCAGUGCCGGCAACCUGGGUUAAGAGCAGUAAGAAAAAAACACAACACAGCCAAGAGAGAGAGGGGGAGUACACACGGACUGCAGUGGUACCGUGACCCGGAUUGACUUCAAGAGCAAGGCUGGCUAUUGAGUUUAAAGCCCGGGCUUUUAGCUCGUUAGUUAGCACGCUCGCCUCUCGGGCCAGAGCAGUAAGAGAAAAAAACGCAAUACAACCAAGAGAGAGAGAGAGAGCGUACACAGUGAGAGUGCAGUGGUGCCGUGACCCGGAUUGACUACAAGAGCGAUGCUGGCUGUCCUGUGUUUUUAGCUCUGUGGUCAACAUGCUGAGCACCAGGGUUUCGAGUCCUCUCCGGGGCGGAAAUGGCAAGGAACCCAACCGGUUGCUAAUGUCAAUUAGCAUUUUAGCUACACGCGUCUUCACAUUUGAGGCCUUCGUCACAUUUUAAAGCUCGUGUUUGUGUUGGUGUUUUCCCCCCGAGUCCCUCCAAUGUAUUUUCACUGCAAAGUGACGCUGGUCAAAUGAAUGCUUGUUUUUUUUUUUUUCUUCUUUUUCUUUCUGUUUGAUGGUGAAGUUACAACAACAUACAAGCAUUCAUUUCCUUUCAGGAAAAAAGAAAAAAAAAAAGGUAACCAGUGAAUGAAGACAUUGCAUUGCUCCUUCUGUGUUGUUUUGUUAUUAUGAUUUGAAUAUUAUCACACAUCCCAGUGCAACACACUACCUUAUCUGUUAUUUAUCUUACAACACUCCAUAUACACAAUCAUUGUAUGUAACAUCACACACUUUACUUUCUACCUUUUUAUGCAUGUGCUUUGUAUCCAUUUUAUUGUCUCCUUACUUUCUCUAUAAUCUGUUUUUUUUUUGGAUGCAUA